GUCACUGUGUGUGUGUCUCUCCCCUACUAUAACCAUUCGAUCUGUGGCCUCUGAAUUAUAGAUUCAAAAUAGAGAGAGAGAGUGUUAAGUGAAUUGACAAAAAUGGCCACAGCAGCCUCCACCAUGGCUAGCCACCUCAAGGGCAGUUUCACAACUUCUUUUACAAGAGACCUUGUUACCCCAAAGGGCAUUUCUGGUACACCAUUCAGAAUCUUGCCUUCCUCUCGCAAAUCUUCAUUCACCAUCAAGGCUGUUAAAACCGAUAAGCCCAAUUACCAAGUGAUCCAGCCCAUCAACGGCGACCCAUUCAUCGGAAGCCUCGAGACACCCGUCACAUCAAGCCCAUUGAUUGCAUGGUACCUUUCAAACCUUCCGGGAUACCGCACAGCUGUCAACCCACUACUACGUGGUAUCGAGGUCGGGCUAGCCCAUGGGUUCUUUCUAGUGGGCCCAUUUGUGAAAGCAGGCCCACUAAGGAACACAGAGUAUGCUGGUGCGGCUGGCUCACUAGCUGCUGGUGGGCUAGUGGUGAUCUUAAGCAUCUGCUUGACGAUGUACGGGAUCGCUUCGUUUAAAGAGGGUGAGCCAUCGAUUGCCCCGUCAUUGACUUUGACCGGGAGGAAGAAGGAGCCGGAUCAACUUCAAACAGCUGACGGUUGGGCCAAAUUUACCGGCGGGUUCUUCUUUGGUGGGAUCUCGGGGGUCAUAUGGGCUUUUUAUCUUCUUUAUGUACUUGACCUUCCUUAUUAUGUUAAGUAAGUGAAAGGUUAAUUUGUGUUUUUUUGGAUGGCUAAAUAUGGGAAGUUGUAUAUUAAUGGAUGUGAUGAUAUUUUGAAGGAUAUUGUUUUAUGA